GGGAACUGCUGGAGUCCGCCCUCCCGGAGGGCGGGUGUUGGUACGGUCUCCUGCUCCUCUUCGUCGCCUCAGUCUUCAUGUUGGCCCAGUACAGUGCCCAGCGGGCGUUGGUGUCUCGUGGGCGCGGGGAUGGGGUGAAAGCCUCGCCGGCGAGCCAGUGCCCCCCGCUGUCCGCCGCCCUGUCCUGGUUGCUGUCCCUGAAGACCUGGAGCGGCGAGUGGCAGGGGGCGUGGGUCAGCGCCCUCAACGAGGCGGCCACGAAGAACGGGAGUUCAUUCCAACUAACCAUCGAUCGGGUGGGUCCACAUCCCUCUGCGCUCUCUCUCAGCCAGGUUAACAUCGCUGCCCAGUCAGAGCAGCACUUGGUUAUGGGAUGCUACGUGACCGGUGAGUGCGCUCAGUUUUCUAUCAGCGUGACUCAGGAAUCGCCUGCGGCCAUGGGAAUGGAGUCCUUCAAUGUCCAAGUGUCCCCACUUCACGCCCAGCUGGAAGUUCACAUUCGAGAGACUGAAGACAUGGUUCAGGUCACGUGGAACCUGGUGAACUGUCAAACCCUGGCUCUGAACAUCACACCCCGAGUCAGGAGAGAGGGGUCCGACGAAGAGGGAGCAGUGGACCUGGAGACCAUUCAUACUCUCCUGCAGGAUAUGCUGACCUCGGCACAGCCCGCGGUGAUCCUGAGUGUAAAGGCCGGACCCGCGAGAGGAAUCCAAGCCAGUAAUUUGCUGAUCUCGCAGGAUCUGCUAAACCCAGACGCCUCCCUGUUGGUCUCGUCCCCUCCGAAACCGCCCCGAGCUCACGAACGCAAACUACUUGUGAGCAUUAUUAAAGUGGAUGAUCUUCCAGUGUCUGACCCCGCAGGUGGGAUCCGUACGUACUGUGUUAUAGGACUGGACAGCCCCGUGCAAAAGGUCUCCAGCUCUGCCAUCAACACCCAUUCCAGCCCUUCACGGGACCAGCAGUUUGUCUUUGAGCUGAGCGGCAAAUCCAGGAAGCUUCGUUUGCAGCUCAUGGAGGAUUUAUCGCCCUGCGAGAGCGUUGUCUUGGGUGAGGUCAUGGUGCCAAUCGAUCUCUUCAAGAAACAGCCCAGCGGAAGGCAAAGCUUCCGACUGUCCAAUGUCCAAAGUGGGAACAGCUCCGGAUCCAUCACAGCUGAGUUCUCAUACAUGGAGCCCGGCGAGGUUAAACCGCGGCAAUUGCCCACGUUGCUUCCAGCGAGGAAAGUGGAGAAGGAUCGGACGGUCAUGCCCUGCGGCACCGUCAUCACCACCGUAACGGCCGUGAAGACCAAGCCUCGAGCAGACGGCAAGUUCAUCGCAACACCCACAGACUCUCCCACAAAGAGCCCUGCGGAUGGGAAGGAGGCAGAGCCGGAAAGCCUGGCUGUUGGAGAGUGUGCCCUGGAGGCAUCAGUCAGCAAAGCUUUGUCAUCGUCCGACACGGAGCUGAUGCUCCUGAACGGCGCUGACCCCGUGGCGGAAGCCGCAAUCCGCCAGCUGACGGAGUCGGCCAGGCACAAGCUGAAAUCGCCCGUCAGGAAAAGCACGAUCAUAAUCUCCGGCGUCUCCAAGGCCCCCUUACCCGCGGACAACGAAAUGACCCUGUGGUCCGAUUACGCGGCCACAAUGGAUGCGUCGUUGAGGCCGGACCCCCUGCCCGCUGCUGCGUUGGUGAGGGUGGUGGUGGGGGGGGCAGCAGAGCCCACCUGCCCCUCUGUCCCGGCCCGGGAACAAUCUCCCUCCUCGGCCGGGCCGCUGGCGGUCGCUGAGCCCGCGGGCGGCGACGACGGCGAGGCCCGUGCGACUCCUUGUGCGGGAGGGGAGGAGGCGGAGGAAGAGGAGGAGGAGGUGGUGGUGGACGGGCUGGCGUCCAAGUGCAGCAACGGCUCCCUGGAGGACGCGGGUUUGGAACGCAGGUCCAGCAUCUCCAUCGAUGGCUCCGUCGACGCGGGGACCGUGAAGAAGCCCAGAGGCGGCUUUAUGCGGAGCGGGCCCAAGUUCUUUUUCCGACGCCGACAUCACCAGAAGGAUCCCGGGAUGAGCCAGUCUCACAACGACCUGGUGUUUCUGGAUCAGCCGACUCCCCUGGAGAAGGAGCGGAAGUCAGAGCGGAAGCAAAGGAAAAAGCUCUUCCCAAAGUCUAAAAACAAGGCCGCUUUGAACGGCUCUGCCUUGGACUGAAAUCGCAACCCCAAAACACUUCCUUCCCCCUUCCACGCGCCCCCCUGUUGCACUGUGAGUGAUGUACGAGCGACCGACCGACCCUCCUGAUCGACCGGACGAAACUGAAGACAGUUACACACGGCAUUACAGUUGUUCUGAUCUUUAAGAUGAGCCCAAAUCCUGUUUUUAAAGCUUGUGUAUUAUUAUUAUUAUUAUUUUUUUU